AGGGCUCCCGCAGCUGCCUGGCUCUCGAGCAGGGGGCCGCGGCGGCCGGGGUCGCCCAGCUAGAGCCACCGGCUACAGUUCAUCGCCCCCGCGAGGCGAGGCCACAGAAGUCGCGUUGGCCCUUCGCCAACUCCUGCCAUCUCCACCGCAGAGGAACGACGGCCGACCACCGUCUCCGCCGCGCUCCCGAGGCGCGCGGCGUUCUUGGCCCCGUCCGGCCACCGUUGCUUUCUAUACAGCGGCGCCCCUGACCCGGAAGAGUAUUCUCCUUAGCAACUGCGGGACCGCGGCGGCGCCAGCCUCCCGGGAGCGACGGCUCUACUCUGAGACCUUCACGUGUGGACUUCUCAUCAUUUGGAUCUUAGCUCCAGUAUUAUCUCCUCAAUAGAAGCUUUUCCUAAUCACCAAAGCGAAAGUGGUGUCCUCUUUCCUCAUCUUGUUUGUCACGAUCUCAUCACUCUUUUUUACCUCCAUGCUAGUGACACCUGAGCCACUCAAGGCAGGAAGAACUCUGAGCUGAGCAGUGGAGGCCUCUCUGGAUCUGGAGAGAAGAGGUCACCUUGGAACCAGUAAUGAGCCAUCCUGACUGCAGGCUGAACCUCCGGCCCCUGGGGACCCCCAGAGGUGUGUCCUCUGUGGUUGGCCCACAUGGUGUUGGUGCUUCGCCAGGUGACAAAAAGGCAAAGAGCAAGUCCGUACGAGGGAAGAAAAAGAGCAUAUUUGAAACCUACAUGUCCAAGGAGGAUGUUUCGGAAGGCUUGAAGAGAGGAACACUUAUUCAGGGUGUAUUGAGAAUUAAUCCAAAGAAGUUUCAUGAAGCCUUCAUUCCUUCCCCGGAUGGUGAUCGAGACAUUUUUAUUGAUGGUGUUGUUGCUCGUAAUAGAGCCUUGAAUGGGGAUCUGGUGGUUGUGAAGCUGCUUCCAGAAGAGCAGUGGAAGGUAAUUAAACCAGAGAGCAAUGACAAAGAAACAGAAGGUACCGAUGAAUUAGAUCUCCCUGAAGAGCUCUGUGGAAGCCAUCUCCCGCAGCAGUCCGUGAAAGGCUAUAAUGACAGUCCUGAUGUCAUUAUAGAGGCUCAGUUUGAUGACAGCGACUCAGAAGAUGGACAUGGCAACACACAGAAUGUUCUGGUUGAUGGUGUUCAGAAACUCUCAGUUUGUGUUCAUGACAAAGGAAAAGAAGAUGCCGAUGCCCCCGUCACAAAAGAUGAGAGCACCUCCAUGUCACAGGACACAAGAGUUUUAUCAGAGAAGUCUCUGCAAAGAUCAGCAAAGGUGGUUUACAUCUUGGACAAAAAACAUUCCCGAGCAGCAACGGGCUUUCUCAAACUCUUGGCUGAUAAGAACAGUGAACUGUUUAGGAAAUAUGCCCUGUUUUCUCCCUCGGACCACCGAGUGCCUAGAAUUUAUGUGCCUCUCAAGGAUUGUCCCCAGGACUUUGUGACCCGGCCUAAAGAUUAUGCCAACACACUGUUCAUCUGCCGCAUCGUGGACUGGAAGGAGGACAGCAAUUUUGCCCUGGGGCAUCUGGCUAAGAGUCUUGGGCAGGCUGGUGAAAUUGAGCCUGAAACAGAAGGAAUACUAACAGAGUAUGGUGUGGAUUUCUCUGAUUUUUCUUCAGAAGUUCUAGACUGUCUCCCUCAAGGUCUGCCCUGGACAAUCCCACCAGAGGAAUUCGGCAAGAGAAGAGAUUUAAGGAAAGACUGUAUCUUCACCAUUGACCCAUCUACUGCCCGCGACCUCGAUGAUGCCCUCUCCUGCAAGCCGCUUGCUGACGGCAACUUCGAGGUGGGGGUUCACAUUGCUGACGUCAGUUACUUUGUUCCUGAGGGAUCCCCUCUGGAUAAAGUAGCUGCUGAGAGAGCCACGAGUGUCUACUUGGUUCAGAAGGUUGUCCCCAUGCUUCCCAGGCUGCUGUGUGAAGAGCUGUGCAGCCUCCAUCCCAUGACAGACAAGCUGACCUUCUCUGUGAUCUGGACACUCACCCCAGAGGGCAAGAUCCUUGGUGAAUGGUUUGGUCGGACCAUCAUUCGCUCCUGCACCAAGCUGAGCUACGAGCACGCACAGAGCAUGAUUGAAAGCCCGACUAAGAAAAUCCCUGAGAAGGAGCUGCCCCCCAUCUCCCCGGAGCACACCAGCGAGGAGGUGCACCAGGCCAUCUUGAAUCUCCACGGAAUUGCAAAGGAGUUACGCAAACAGCGGUUUGUGGACGGCGCGCUGCGUUUGGAUCAACUAAAACUUGCUUUCACUCUGGAUCACGAGACUGGAUUGCCUCAAGGAUGUCACAUCUACGAGUACCGUGACAGCAACAAGCUCGUGGAGGAGUUCAUGCUCUUGGCCAACAUGGCAGUGGCCCACAAGACCUACCGCGCCUUCCCUGCGUGCGCCCUGCUGCGCCGGCACCCCCCGCCCCAGACCAAGAUGCUCAAUGAUCUCAUGGAAUUCUGUGACCAGAUGGGGCUGCCCAUGGACUUCAGCUCUGCCGGAGCCCUCAACAAAAGUCUGACCAAAACAUUUGGAGAUGACAAGUACUCACUGGCCCGGAAGGAGGUGCUCACCAACAUGUGCUCCCGGCCCAUGCAGAUGGCACUGUACUUCUGCUCGGGGACGCUGCGGGACCAGGCACAGUUCCGGCACUAUGCCCUCAACGUACCACUCUACACCCACUUCACCUCCCCCAUCCGCCGCUUUGCUGACGUCCUGGUGCACCGCCUCCUGGCCGCCACUCUUGGCUACAGGGAGCUGCCGGACCUGGAACCCGACGCCCUGCAAAAGCAGGCCGACCACUGCAAUGACCGCCGCAUGGCGUCCAAGCGCGUACAGGAGCUCAGCACCGGCCUCUUCUUUGCCAUCCUCGUGAAGGAAAGUGGCCCCCUGGAGUCAGAAGCCAUGGUGCUAGGCGUCCUGAACCAAGCCUUCGACGUGCUGGUGCUGCGCUACGGGGUGCAGAAGCGUGUCUACUGUAAUGCGCUGCCCCUGCGGUCCCACCACUUCCAAAGGGUGGGCAAGAAGCCGGAGCUCACGCUUGUCUGGGAGCCUGAGGACCUAGAGCAGGAGCCGGUGCAGCAGGUCGUCACCAUCUUCAGCCUGGUGGAAGUGGUGCUGCGGGCGGAGACCUCGGCCCUCAAGUACAGUGCCAUCCUGAAGCGGCCGGGCCCCGAGGGCCUCCCGGGCCCGCGGGACGAGGAGGAAGCGUGACGGUGACGACGGCCUCCAGCCCAGCCGCACCCCACCCACACCACUGCCCCACCCGCUGGCUUUUAGGAAUAGGACCUUUUGACACCAAAGGGGAUUUUUAAUUUGGUUUUUAACGACUCAGGGUUUUUGUUUUUAUUUCUUCAUUUUGUUUUAUUUUUGCAGCUCAGUUUUUAAACAAACCGGAGAGGAGAGGGUGGGGCCGGACGGAAGGCUGAGGCCCGGCUGGUGCUUAACCAGAGCAGAACAGGACCCGGUCCUCCUGGGAGGCCAGCCCCUCUUCUGCCUGCCCACCCACUGCCUUCCCCUGCCCAGGAAACCGGGGGUUUUCAGCAAAUCAGUGUCAUGGAAUAAAAUCAGGUGUGAAUUGUGGUCUGGUGUGUGGGGCACCCCUGGGAGGCCAGGGCCGCAGGGUCCCCCUUGGACCCAGGACUGGGGACCUGGCUCGGGCUCCACCCCUCACAGCUGAGCUGAGAUCGCCACCCUCUGGAACCUUUCUGUCAGUUCCAGGAUGAUUCACAGAGCUGGCCACAUGUCACACUGUUGCCAGGGCCUCAUUCUGGCUGAUUAGAAAUGUAAUUAGUAUGCAAGACAGCAAGCUCAGCCAUCACCCUGCCUCAGGUGGCUGUGUCCGUCCCUGCCCCCACCACUUCCUCUCUGCCUGCUGGCCUCAGGAUGGGGGAGGCAUGGGUCCUAUAACACCCCCCCCCCCCCCGCUUCAGGUCCUAGGCCAGAGCUCUGAGUGGCCCUGUCCACACCCCCUUGCUUCAAGCUGGCCCCUCGGCACCUCCAGCGCCCGUCCCAAACCCCGGCAGCACCCCGUGGGGUCCUGGCCUGCCAGAGGGAAGGAGAGCCCUCAAACUGGCCUUCCCCACCAGGGAUGGGAAAAUGGGUGCCUGGUGGCCCUAGGCUGGCCUACUCACCUGCCUGGCAUCGUCCUGAGCGCCCACCAGUGGCACCGUCCUCGGGGACCCAGGGACAGAGAUGGAGGGCCGUUGGGCGGUGCCGUCUCCCCAGCUGGCCUGACCACGGUCUGCACUCCUUCCCCACCUAACUGGGAAACCACAGAUCAGCUUCCCUAGGAGCUGCCAGGAGCGAGGGUGAACGGUGCCCCUGGCCCCGGCUCCACCGUGCCAUUUCCUCUGGUGUCAGUAUUAAGCCCAUUUGAUCUGGUGGCAGUGAAUUUCCUUCAAAGAAAAACUCAGUACGAUACCUGGGAGGAGGGCCUCGCAGGAACUGGAGGGCUGAUGGAGCCGUUGCUUUUGUCCACCGGCAGGCCAUGGCCCGUCCUCAUCCAGCACCGGGCUGGGUGUCAGAGGGGAAGGGAGGACACCGUUGGGUUCCUUUCUCUUCCUCCAGCACCCUAGCCAGCCUUCCAAGUGUCCAUCUUGCCACCCCCUCUCCGUUCCUGUCCCCAGAACCUUCUCCUGCAGCCACGUAUCUGGAAAGGAAGAUGGGCGAGGGUCUGGUGGUUUGGCAUUUGGAGGAGGAGGUUUCUGGGUGUUUGCUGUCCCGGGCAGCCCGACAGAGCCCCGGUGCUGUCCCCGAAGGCCUCCCACGGAGCCUGGGAGCUGGGGGCAGGGCAGAGCCCCCAUGGAGUGGCACCCCUCAGGGCAGCGGUGUGUCAGAGCAGCCGGGCUCCCUCUCGAGCAGCGUGGACUCAGACCGGACCCCCCGAGCCCUGGAGAGGCAUAGCCAGCUUGGUCAGCAAAGAAGAUCUUGGCUCCCGGCACUCGCUUGGGAGUCGCCCUGAUGCACUCUGGAGCCAUGGGGGCCAUUGGGGCCCCAGCCCAGCCCCACCCCAUUUGACAGAAGUGGAAACUGUACCCAGCAAGGAAGCAGGCCUCUGGCCAGAGUGA